AUGGCACUCGAGGCUCUUAGUUCACCAAGACUACCUUCACCAGUCCCUCCUCUGUUCGAAGACUCUUCAAGAUUCCAUGGAGUCGAACACUGGACCAAAGGCAAACGUUCAAAAAGAUCAAGAUCCGAUUUCAACCAACAAAACCUCACGGAAGAAGAGUAUCUCGCCUUCUGCCUCUUGCUUCUCGCUCGCGACGGUAACCGCAGCAACCGUCAGCCUCUUCCUCUCCCUCCCGUGGUAGCUGAGAAGUCGUCUUCGUUGACUUACAAGUGCAGCGUCUGCGACAAGUCUUUCUCGUCUUACCAAGCUCUGGGCGGACACAAGGCGAGCCACAGGAAAAACUUGUCACAGACUCAAUCCGGCGGCGGAGGAGAUGAUCAAUCCACGUCGGCGGCGACCACCACGUCCGCCGUGACAACCGGGAGUGGGAAGUCGCACGUUUGCACGAUCUGUAACAAGUCUUUUCCUUCAGGACAAGCUCUUGGAGGACACAAGAGGUGCCACUACGAAGGGAAUAAUAAUAACAACACUAGUAGCGUGUCUAACUCUGAAGGAGUGGGGUCCACAAGCCACGUCAGCGUUAGUCACCGUGGGUUUGACCUUAAUAUCCCUCCGAUACCGGAGUUCUCGUUUGUUAACGGAGACGAGGAAGUGAUGAGUCCCAUGCCGGCGAAGAAGCCACGUUUUGACUUCUCGGAGAAACUUUGA